AUGCAUGCAUUGCUGGCCUUCAAAGCUCAAAUAAAGGAGGAUCCUUACGGGGCCAUGAGCUCUUGGAAUGAAUCCACGAACUUUUGCAUCUGGCAUGGAGUUACUUGCAGCCGAAGGCAUCACCAAAGGGUCACAAUGCUGGAUCUACCGAGCCAAAAUUUGGUGGGUUCCUUGUCUCCCCACGUAGGAAAUCUGAGCUUCCUGAGGAUCCUAAACCUCGACAACAACAGCUUGAGCCAUGAAAUCCCUCCAGGAAUUGGGCAUUUGCAUCGAUUGCAGGUAUUGCGUCUACACAACAACUCAUUUAGUGGCCCUAUACCAUCCAACAUAUCACAUUGCUUCAACCUUGAGUAUGUGAAUCUUGGCUAUAACAAGCUGGUGGGUAACAUUCCUUCAGAAAUUGGCUCCUUUCCAAAGCUUUACAUCCUUGUUUUUCAACACAAUAAUUUAACGGGAGAGAUCCCUCCUUCCUUAGGGAACCUUUCAUCUCUCGAGGUAUUUGCUGCUUCUGAUAAUAAUUUUACGGGAAGCAUUCCUAGUUCCCUUGGCCAAUUGAAAAAAUUAACAUUUUUGACAUUGGGCGUAAAUUACUUGUCUGGUACUUUCCCUCCCUCACUAUGCAACAUCUCUAGUCUCCAGACUUUAAUGAUGCAGUUCAACCAAAUUGAAGGGAGUGUUCCUUCAUACUGUGGCAAAUACCUUCCCAAUCUUGAAGCUUUUAGCAUUGCCGAAAACCAAUUUACUGGAUCCAUUCCUCUCUCAAUAUCCAAUGCCACGAGUUUGUGGAUGUUUCAAUUUGGCUACAACAAGCUAACUGGACAGGUACCGGAUUUACGGAAGCUUCAUAACCUCAAAGAUUUCAACAUUCAAGGUAAUCGUCUUGGAAGCGGCAGAGAUGGUGAUCUGAGUUUUCUCUCAGACUUGACAAAUGCCAGAGAGCUAAGAAAGUUGGUUAUGACCAACAACAAUUUUGGAGGGUCUUUGCCCACAUCAAUAUCCAAUCUCUCAACCAAGCUUGAAUUUUUCUUGGUUCAAAAGAACCGAAUAGAUGGAAGCAUCCCAGCAGGCUUAGGGAAUCUGAUCAGCAUGGAAGCUUUAGCGAUGUACGAAAAUAGCCUCACAGGUAACAUCCCCACUGACAUUGGGAAGCUUGCAAAUCUUGUGGAAUUUGAUAUAUCUAUGAACAAAUUAUCAGGAAGCAUUCCGUCCUCUCUAGGAGAUUUAACCAAGUUAAGCAGACUCUACUUGGAAGGAAAUUAUCUUCAGGGCUUCAUCCCUUCAAGCCUAGGGGAAUGCCAUGGGCUGCAACUAUUGGAUCUUUCUUACAACAACCUUAAUGGCACAAUUCCUGAAAAGGUUUUUGGCCUCCGCUCCUUAUCAAUUUAUUUGGAUUUGUCUAAUAACUACUUUACAGGUUCCCUUCCCACGGAGGUAGGGAAUUUGGGGACUCUAAGUAGAUUGGACAUUUCUGGUAACAGGUUAUCUGGAGAACUUCCAAAUAGCCUUGGUAGUUGUGUGAGUUUAGGAGUCCUACACUUGCAAGGCAACUUCUUCAAUGGGUCCAUUCCAUCGUCUAUGACUUCGUUGAGAGGUAUUCAAGAUCUAGACCUUUCUCGCAAUAAUUUGUCAGGUGAAAUUCCAAAAUUCUUAGAAGACUUUUUCUCGCUGAAAAAUCUGAACCUGUCAUUCAAUGGCUUUUGGGGGUCGGUACCAAUUGGUGGUGUUUUCGGAAAUGCAAGUGCAACUUCAAUUGUUGGCAACACUAGGCUCUGCGGCGGUAUUGGUAAACUCCAGCUGCCUAAAUGCAAGUCCAAGAGAGGAGGAUCAUCUCGUAGCUUGAAAUUAAUAAUUCCUUUAGUUUCUGGACUUGCUCUUCUAGGCAUAGCUAUGGUGCUAUCCUAUUUCUUUCUUUGUUCGUCAAGAAAGAAAACGAAAGAAAUUUCGUUGACCACUUUGGCGAAAUCUAUUUUGCAAGUGUCAUAUAAUACUCUCUCGAAAGCUACUGACGGGUUCUCCUCAACUAAUUUGAUUGGUAGGGGUAGCUUUGGGUCUGUAUAUAAAGGGGUUCUUGCGUAUGAUGAUAUAGCUGAUCAACUUGUUGCCGUGAAAGUGUUUAACCUGUCACGCCGUGGAGCAUUUAAAAGUUUCAUAGCCGAAUGUGAGUCAUUGAGAAAUAUCAGGCAUCGAAAUCUCGUGAAGAUUAUAACCGCUUGCUCAAGUGUUGAUUUUCAUGGUAAUGAUUUUAAGGCACUGGUUUAUCAGUUCAUGGACAAUGGGAGUUUAGAGGAGUGGUUGCAUCCAACUACUGGAGAAGAGGUAAGAGAUCAUGCACCCAAGAAUUUGAAUCUUCUUCAGAGGCUAGACAUCGUUAUUCAUGUUGCAUGUGCAUUGGAUUAUCUCCAUAAUCAUUGCGAAACGCCAAUAGUUCAUUGUGAUCUCAAGCCAAGCAAUGUUCUUUUGGACAACGAGUUGAUUGGACAUGUUUCUGACUUUGGACUAGCAAGAAUUCUCUCACAAAUAUCCAACAAUGAUAUUUCAGAAAAUCAGAUAAGUUCCAUUGGAAUAAGAGGAACGGUUGGUUACGCUGCUCCAGAGUAUGGCAUGGGAAGCGAGGUGUCAAUAAAUGGAGAUGUAUAUAGCUUCGGCAUUCUCGUUUUAGAGAUGUUUACAGGGAAGAGACCAACGGACAACAUGUUUAGUGGAGACUUGAACCUUCAUAAUUUCGUGAAGAUGAGCUUCCCGGACCGAGUUGGAGAGAUUGCAGAGUCAUCAUUUUUUCAAGAAGGCACUAACGAGACUCCCGAUCAAUAUAGGGUGAGAGUCCAAAAAUUCGAAGUGUGCUUGAGUUCGAUAUUCAGAAUUGGAAUUGAGUGUUCUGCCGAAUCCCCAACAGAUCGCCUCAAGAAUAUUAGUGAUGUUGUGUUUGAUAUGUAUUUUGUUAGGAACAUUCUUAUGGGCUAG